AUGUUUGUAAUUCAAUUAAUCGGAGCCUUAAUUGUGCUCAUUAUUGAAACCUUUAAUCGAAUCGAAUUUAAAUAGUCUCUUAUCUAUUUCUACUAUCGAUAUGGUACUAGUCUUAGAGAACCUAUUAAUGAUCAAAUUCAGAUUGAAAAUCAACAUACUCUUAUAUACCAAAUAAAAGCCCAUUUUCAAUAAAUGAGACAAUUAGAUAAUGAAUGCACUUAUCUUAAAUAUUUGGAAGAUGAAUCAAUCCUAUUUUAGUAUCAUAUAGACUGUGCAAUAGAUGCACAUUUGAACAAUAAUAUUAUUUACAUUAUUGACUAUAACAAUUGUACAAGUACAUUACUUAAAAAGUUUUAAGUGUAUAUUAAAUCGAUGCCGAUGAAAUUUUCGAUGUAGAGUAUUAUGGAUUCAAUAAAUUGGUUUCAAUAAAACUUAUAUUUCAAUCCAUAUAUUUAGGAGAGUAUUACAAAUCAUAAUUUAUGAAUUAAAACUU